AUGAAAACCAGACAGCAGCUUCGUGAAUCAUCGUCUUCGUCUUCGGAUGACAUGAAGGUUGACAUUGAAAAGCACAACUUUCUCACUUUUUUCAAAAGUCAUUCCGUCAAUCCAAAUGAAACGAUUCGAAUUCCGGAACAUGUAGACUUCUACCACCCAACGUACAAUACCAAGGGUGUCGCUGUGAUUCCGGACUAUAUGGGAGCAGGCUCAGAUGACCAGGAGUAUAUGGAUAAAGAAGAUCAAGAAUCAUCCAUCUUCCUCGAAAUGGAUCCUGACAGUGUCCAAACCCACGAAGAAUUAAUAGCAAACAUUUUUCAGUGGUCCAAACUGUCACUUGAAAAAACGUUGCAACUUUGGGCGUUCUGCGAAUUCGAUGCAUUGGACACAGUCGCCUUGAUUGAUAAAGUUUGCGAACCAGAACUUCUUCCGGCUUAUGUGAAGGACUAUUUUCAAGCGAGUAUCUUGGAAGAAAGAUUCUACCAAUUGAAUAAGAAGCAUGAGGACAUUCGUCGUUUCCAUUUUGCAUCAAUGUUCGAGAAUAUUGUGGAUAGCAAGAUGCUGGUGGAUCUAUAUUAUAGGGAGAAGAACAAGCAAGUAGUGAACUGGCAUCUUGAGUCCGAGAAGGACUGGGGUCCAAACGAAAUAAUUGAUUUGGAGAAAAGGAUGAAGAAUUCCAAAAUCAAAAUUAUCAGUGUGAAAGCAGCGGAGAGUUGUAAGCGAAAGAUGUGUGGUGGACUUAAGAAAAGACCACCACUGGCACCAAAGAAAACAAAAAUCGAGGUCGAUUGA